AUGGCGGCAGGAAAGCACCGGAUGGACAACGCCGCCGACUUCACUUCCUUCACCACAAAGUCCGCUGCCUACGCCCACGUCCACGAGUCCCUCGCCUCUCUCGUCGUAGACCAACGAAACUGGGUCGCUGCAACUGCCAACGCGGCAUCUCUCCUCUGGCAUCUCUAUCACUCCCUUCCGGCCCCAACAUCAUCCGUCAACUGGGCUGGAUUCUACACGCUAAACAAGACCCCACCAACCAAGACAAGCGCUGGUUCAGAUGGGUCAGAUGCAAAGGAAUUAAUCCUCGGCCCGUUCCAAGGCAAAGUCGCCUGCCAGACAAUCAAGUUCGGCACCGGCGUCUGCGGAACAGCGGCACAGGACAAGAAGACUGUAUUGGUGAAGGACGUGGAGGAGUUUCCCGGUCACAUUGCCUGUGAUGGCGAUAGCAAAAGCGAGAUUGUCGUCCCGGUUCUCGUCGACGGCCGAGUAGUCGCAGUAAUCGAUAUUGAUUGUGCAGAGGUUGGCGGCUUCGAUGAGGAUGACAAGGAGGGUCUCGAAAGGCUGGCAGAGCUACUUGCGAAGAGUUGUGACUGGUGA